AUGGUUUUGGAACAAUUCAUUAAUUAUUUCCUAGGAGAUCCGGAUCCAAAACUUAGAGAAUGGCCGAUGAUGUCCUCGGGGUAUCCGCUAAUAAUCAUUACCCUUGGAUAUUUAUAUUUUAUCUAUAUCGCUGGUCCACGUUAUAUGAAAGAUAGACCGCCAUAUAAAUUAAGAACCUUCAUAUUAGUUUACAAUAUAUUUCAAAUUUUAGCAAAUGCCUGGAUUGUAAAGGAGCAUAUACGUGGCGGAUGGUUCACGGAAUAUGGAUUCAUAUUGGCUUGGAAACCAGAUAUCGAUAGUCCCAAUGCACAAGUGCUGACGAAUGCUUUUUGGUGGUUGAUACUACUAAAAUUUUUUGAUUACGUUGAAACAUGUACAUACGUAUUGAGGAAGAAACAAAAGCAGAUCUCCAUUUUACACGUGUACCAUCACAUAUCAGUUGUAAUAAUUCUCUGGACGACAUUUAGAUACUACUGGGAUACGAGAUUUACAUUUUUGCCCUUAAUAAAUUGUUCUGUACAUGUAUUGAUGUACACGUACUAUUUGAGUGCUGCAUGCGGCCCAAAGGUUCAACAAAUAGUCGCUCCCUUCAAACGUUACAUGACCGAAAUGCAGAUGGUACAAUUGCUUUUUUUGUUGGCAUAUUUGCUACAAGUUCUACAUCCUUCCUGCGAUCUACCACGUGGAUAUAGAAUAGUCUAUGCAUUAAAUGGCAAUGUAAUAAUAAUUCUGUUUUUAUUUUAUAAUUUCUAUAGAGAAUCUUACGUUAAGAAAGAGAUAACUAAACAAAAAUCGUAA